ACGCCUCUUUCUCUCUUUGUCCUGAGUGAAACUGACCGUGCCGCCGAUCUGCUUUUCCCAACGACAAUACCCCUCAACAUGUCUGGGGCAAGACGGAGUACUCGUAGUGCGGCAGCAGCGUCGACAACGACCGCCAACACGUCUGCAACAAGCUCCCCCAUAUUUAGCGCCCCCAACUCUGUCCAGGACUCUACUGUUACAACUCCGGACCCAGAGGAGGCUACGAAUAAGUCCCUCAGCAAGAUCGGGAGAGCAAUGAGGUCCAAGGCGGCUCAGAAUGAAAGAAAACGCGUCCUUGAGAGCGACAGCGAAGAGGGCGGCAAGAUUGUAAUCUCCUCUUCGCGGAAGCGACGAGCUGUGGCGCGUGAAGUCUACGUAGACUUGCCCUCACCAGCCGGAAAGGGCGCUCAGAAAGUUCAGAAAGUGAGAUAUCUACAAUCACUAGCGUUAGGAGUCCUGGAACUCACUGUUGUCAAGGCCAAUAAAGGCAAAGGCAAAGCCAGAGCAACUUCCGUUCCUACGUCGGACAUUCUCGAUGAGGAGCUCGUUAAAGACGACGAGCUUGAGUUCGACGAGAAUGCCGAAUUGGAAGAAUCUGACGAUAGCGGCUCUGAGUUUGAGGUGUCCGAGCCUGAGUCCGACGAAGUCAUCGAAGACUCUGAAGAAGAAAUCCUUGUUGUGCAAACUGAGAAGUUUGUCCGCGCCAAGAUUCUGAGCGGUAUUGAAGAGGCCGGUAUCGACGAUGAUGACCUCAUGCUCGAUGUUGUCAUUCAGGAAUCUCUUGCCACCGCCCGCACCGAGCGUGAAGUGGCUGCAGGCGUAUCCAGUGCAAACGCAGGUGCAAGCAAGACCCCAGCUCCAAGGAAUAAAGCUGCUGCCUUACGUGCUGCCGCCGCAGAACGUCGUCUGGGCAAAAUCAACGAAGAGGAUCUUGAUGGCGACUACGUCGUGUUGGACGAUGAAGAGGAAGCUAUUUCCAGUUCUGACGAAGAUGUUCCCUUGGCAAAUGCAAAAGGAAAGGGUAAGGCCAAAGGAAAGAAAGCCACCAAAGUGGCUGAUACCAGUCGCCCAAAGAGGAUGACUAUGAAAGAGCUUCGUGCGCUGAGAAAAGCUAACAAGAAAGAAGAAGCUGAACUGAGUAAGAAGCUAGGCCGAAGACUUACUUUGGCGGAGAAGUCAACCAUCGCGUUACACAAGCAUCACGCUGAACUGGUCGAUGUGUGGGGUGACGUCGAGAGGGCGAUCCCGAUACCUGUUCCUCAGAAAGCCGCUCCCCCUUCGAACUUGAAAGCAACGCUUUUGCCUUUCCAGGAGGAGAGCCUGUACUGGAUGAAGAACCAAGAGAAGGGCAUCUGGAGUGGUGGACUUCUUGCCGAUGAGAUGGGUAUGGGCAAGACCAUUCAGAUGAUAGCCUUACUGUGCAACGACAAAGGUGCUAAGCCCAACCUUGUCGUAGCACCUACCGUUGCCGUCAUGCAAUGGAAGAACGAAAUCGAGGCACACUCGGAAGGCAUGAAAGUUCUCGUCUGGCACGGUGCUUCUAGGGAAUCGGACGUGAAGGAAUUGAAGAAGUAUGACGUGGUUUUGACUACUUAUGCGGUUCUCGAGAGUUGCUUCCGAAAGCAGCAGAGUGGCUUCAAACGCAAGGGUAUGAUGGUCAAGGAGAAGUCAGUCCCUCAUCAGAUCAAAUGGAACCGCAUUAUCCUGGACGAAGCCCACAACAUCAAGGAGCGUGCAACCAAUACCGCGAAAGCGACCUUCGAGCUCCAAGCUAGGUACCGAUGGUGUUUGUCUGGAACACCUUUACAGAAUCGUGUCGGUGAAUUAUAUAGUAUGAUUCGGUUCCUUGGUGGAGAUCCGUUCUCUUACUACUUCUGCAAGCAGUGCGACUGUAAGAGCUUGCACUGGAAGUUCAGUGACAAGCGAAGUUGCGACGACUGUGGACAUAGCCCUAUGAAACAUACCUGUUUUUGGAAUACCGAAAUUCUUACACCUAUCCAGAAGAACGGAAUGGUCGGUCCUGGCGCUAUAGCUUUCAAGAAGCUCAAGAUCUUGCUAGACAGAAUGAUGCUUCGUCGUACGAAGAUCCAACGAGCAGACGACCUUGGAUUACCACCGCGCACCGUCGUCAUUCGUAGGGAUUAUUUCAGCCCCGAAGAGAAGGAGUUGUAUCAAUCUCUCUUUUCUGACGCGAAGCGCCAGUUCAGUACCUACGUCGACUCAGGUACUGUGCUCAAUAACUACUCAAACAUCUUCAGUUUGCUCACCCGCAUGCGUCAAAUGGCAUGCCACCCUGACUUAGUCCUUCGAAGCAAGACGAAUGCUUCCACUUUCCUUCAAGAGAACGUCGGAGAGGCGACGGUCUGUCGUUUGUGCAACGACAUUGCCGAGGAUGCUAUUCAAUCCAGAUGCCGCCACAUUUUCGAUCGGGAGUGUAUCAAACAAUACCUUGAAGCUUCUGUUGAGGACGUGCCGGCAUGCCCUGUCUGCCAUGUCCCAUUAACCAUCGACUUAGAGGCACCUGCACUAGAGUUAGAAGAAAACGUCAAAGUUCGUCAAGGUAUCCUCGGACGGCUUGACUUGGACAAAUGGCGGUCGUCGUCGAAGAUAGAGGCGCUGAUAGAAGAACUGAGCAAUUUACGAAAACAGGAUGCGACAACAAAGAGCAUUGUCUUCAGUCAGUUCGUAAACUUUUUAGAUCUGAUUGCAUACCGGUUGCAGCGGGCUGGGUUCACUAUAUGCCGUUUGGAGGGAACCAUGAGCCCUCAAGCUCGCGACGCUACUAUCAAACAUUUCAUGAACAACGUUCACGUUACCGUGUUUCUCGUCAGUCUGAAAGCCGGAGGCGUCGCACUGAACCUGACAGAGGCUUCCCGUGUAUACCUCAUGGAUAGCUGGUGGAACCCCGCUGUCGAAUACCAGGCCAUGGAUCGUAUUCACCGUUUGGGUCAACAUCGCCCCGUCCAAGCUGUAAAACUUGUUGUUGAAGACAGCAUCGAGAGUCGUAUCGUCCAGUUACAAGAGAAGAAAGCGGCCAUGGUGGAUGCUACUCUGUCGGCCGAUGAUUCUGCUAUGGGACGCUUGACCCCGGAGGAUCUUGGUUUCUUGUUUAGACUUUAACCUACUCACGACACGUCGAUUGACAUCAUAUACUUACUUACGUUCCUUUGCUUAUCGCUAUCCUAUGCCUGCUGACAUUUUUGGUUAUGUAUCUUUGUGGAACUUUGGGAUACUCGAUAGUGUUGCCUUCACGGGUUAUUGUUCACUAUCAUUCACUUACAAUGUUAUAAAAGGCUCGACGUUGAAGACCAUCAGACAUUCAGUGGACACAACUUAUCAAUUCCGUCAUAUUGAAUGAUUAGUGUCAUGUAGAAACACGGUCAGACGAAUGACACCAAUCAUUUCCUAAGCCUC